ACAAGUUGUUUCGAUUUACAAUCAACCAUACAUUGUUAUAAGAAGAACACCAAUUAAGUUUUACUUCAACAAGCAUAUAGUAUACAAUUGAUUAAAUUUGUAUUGAAAAGUUGUGUCGCUGAGUCAAGUUUCGAUCAAAACAGAAUCAAAUUUCAACUUUGUUGAAGUGUUUCUCGUUCAAGUAUUUUGUUCAAGUAUGUAAGUGACAUAAAGUACCACAUAUGUGUGAUAUUUUAUUUCGCAAAAGCCUAGAGUCGUUCUAAGAUUUUGUUCAAGUACUUGGAAUAUUUUAUCGUUGCAAUGGAGUUGCGUUUUGGAAUGUGUGUGUUACUGCUCAGUGCAACGGGAAUCGUGAAUGGUGAUCUGUAUACAGCUCUGAUCGAUCUGGAAGCAUUAGUUGAAACAGAGGCUGUACUCCUCAGUGAACUGGACAAUUACAUUGGUGCAACAGAGCGUCGGCUGUCACCUCGAAGACUUGCAGCUGAAUACAGCAGAGAACACAGUGAGGCGAUUUUAGAUGUGGGCGCCUACCUUCACAAUCCAAUCAACGCAUAUCGGCUCAUCAAACGGCUCACCAUCGACUGGAAACACGUGGAAUCGUUGAUGGUCGAUUUUGGCGAAAAGGAAUGGUUUGAGAGAAGGGGGCGGUUGAAGUUACCGUCGGAGGAGGAUUUGGUGGGGGCGGUGUCAGGUCUGUUGCGACUCCAGGACACCUAUCAGCUGGACACCGCCUCCCUAGCCCGGGGGCAGAUCAAUGGUGUCCAGUACACCACUCACCUAACAGCUGACGACUGUUUCCAGAUAGGUAGAAUAUCGUGCGUCAAUCGCGACCACUACCAUACAGUGCUAUGGAUGUCUGAAGCUCUCAAACGAUAUCAUCACGAGGAUAACGUCAGACGAAGGGAGAUACUAGAGUGCCUGGCAUACUCCACUUACAAGCAGGGCCACGUGCGAUCUGCAUUGCAGCUCAAUGAUGAAUUGUUGAGCAUUGCCCCCAAUCAUCUGUUUGCACUUAGUAACCGCACGAUCUACCUGGCAGACAUCGAAAAAGGGACAGAACAAGUUGUUGAAAAUCUGCUAGAUGAUGAUACAGAGCUCUACUAUCAGCUGUGUCGCUCCGCCCUCUCUCCCUCUCCCAUAGUGCUCUCUCAACUUAAAUGUCAGUACGUCCACAGAAACCAACCUUUCCUCAGGAUUGCGCCGUUGAAAGAGGAAGAGGCCUAUCUAGACCCGAGGAUAGUUUUGUAUCGUGACGUCAUCUACGACGGCGAGAUAGACGUCAUCAAGAAAUUGGCUUUGCCUAGGUUACGACGUGCUACUGUCAUCGAUCUUGUGGCGGGCGUCGAGGUGACAGCCAGCUAUCGGAUUAGCAAGUCAGCAGUUUUGUGUGAUGCCGAUCACCCAUCCAUCGAGCGACUGAAACGGCGUAUCGAGAUGAUGACCUCACUCACCAUGGCUUACUCACCAGAACUAUCAGUUGUCAACUACGGCAUAGGAGGCUACUACGAGCUACAUUGGGACUUUGCCUCAGGACCAUGUAGGGAUUUAGUGACUUACACGGGGAACAUAACCGAUGGCAAUAGAGUAGCUACGGUGUUGUCGUAUAUGAGUGACGUGGCACAGGGUGGGGCCACAGUGUUCCCAUACCUAAAUGUGACCGUUCAGCCGAAGAAGGGAACAGUGCUAGUCUGGUACAACAUGCACCUGAGUGGAGAGGGAGACUUGGCAACUAUGCAUGCCGCCUGCCCUGUCCUCCUCGGAUCCAAGUGGGUCACUAAUAAGUGGGUCAACGAGCGAGGUCAGGAGUUCAGACGGCCGUGUGCAUUGCACAGACAGACUCGUCAUUCGACAAACUGGUACAGCUAAAUAGAGACACCAUUAUCACUAGAUAGUCUUGUUGAACAUUUGUUUUCAAUUAUUUUUGAUGCAAAACAAGACUUGGAACUUUUCAAGCUGGUAGAGCUCAAUUUAAUCACCAACCUUUUGUUGAAUUCAAUAUUUCCUUUUCUGACAACCGUAUCAUGUUAUAAUAUAACAAAACAUAUUAUUUGAAUUAUGUCAUGUUGUGUUAUGUUUGAAGGGAGGGUUUCAUGGUUCCAAAGGCUCAAAGUACCCCACACGUCAACCGGAG